CUCGCGGGAAGAGGCCUUUCCGCUUUAGUUGCAGGGAGCUCAAAUCUUUGACUUCGGAAAAGUCAUUGUCUUGCCAUCACAAGCAAACGAACUAGAACUGGUGCAUCGAUGGCUCUGCUGGGCAUUGCAAAUUUCUUGGUUCUUGUUCUCUUUCUCGUUUCAUGUGAUCUAAAGUUUCUCACUUGCACAGAAACCAUCACCCCAACGCAGUUCGUCAGAGACCCGGAAGCUGUAACUUCAGAAGGCGGCGUCUUUAAGCUUGGAUUCUUCAGCCCUCCAGGUUCUGCCGAUCGAUAUGUGGCCAUAUGGUACAACCAAAUCUCUGUUGUUUCGGUAAUUUGGGUGGCCAACCGAGACAGGCCUCUCAAGGAUUCUUCAGGGACUGUGAAGAUAUCUGAGGACGGUAACAUCGUGGUCUCCGAUGGACAGAAUGAGGUUCUCUGGUCGUCAAACGUGUCAGGCAUCGUGACUGCAAAUGUCACUACUCGCGCGCAGCUUUUUGAUUCGGGGAACCUGGUGUUGCAAGAGAUUGAUUCGAGCAAUAACAGGACGGUGUCUAUUUGGGAGAGCUUUGGGGAUCCCACGGACUCCUUCUUGCCAAGCAUGGAAAUCACCAAUGGUGAAGGAAAGCAAGCACUUAGUUCUUGGAAAAGCUCUUCCAAUCCAUCUGUUGGAAAUUUCUCUGCAGGUUUAGACUCUCAGAAUAUUCCUGAAGUUUUGAUCUGGAAAAUGGGUAGUCCGUAUUGGAGAAGCGGGCCUUGGACCGGUCUAGUUUUCAUUGGAAUCCCGGAUUCGAGCUCGGUGUAUCUUAAACGUUUGACUCUCGUGGAUGAAAAGGAAACACCUAUUUAUCUAACUUACACUGUUGUUAACCAGUCAUUCUUGUCCAACUUCGCACUGAAUCCUGAAGGAAACUUUGUACUAAAGUACUGGGAUGAUUUGAAGCAAAAUUGGGACAUUUCAUGGUCGGCCUUAAACAGUGAGUGUGAUGUUUAUGGAACUUGCGGUUCCUUCGGGUCUUGCAAUCCAAAGAGUUCACCCAUAUGCAGUUGUUUGAGAGGCUUCAAGCCAAAGAACAUUGAGGAAUGGAGUGCUGGAAAUUGGACAAGUGGAUGUGUUAGGAGAACACCAACACAAUGUGAGAGGACAAACAGUAGUCUCGAAAUUGGCAAACCAGAUGGGUUUUUCAGGUUGGAGAACGUGAAAGUCCCGGACUUUGCAGAGUGGUCAAGUGGGAAUAAUUGCGAAGCUCUCUGCUUGGCUAAUUGUUCCUGCAUAGCUUAUGCAUACUUUGAUGCGAUCACCUGCAUGAUAUGGACAGUAAAUUUAAUUGACAUCCAGAAGUUCUCCGAAGGCGGGACCGAUAUUUACAUUCGUGUGGCAGAUUCAGAACUGAAUUACAACCGGAAAAAGAAAGUAAUUAUACUGGCGAUGGUGAUCACAGGAGCGGCCGCUGCUUCUGUCUUCACUUUCUUCCUAUGCAGAUGGAUGGCGAAGAGGAAAGCAAGCAAGGAGCUAUUACUCUCCAGAGGAAAGAAGUCAAAUCGAGUGUAUUCUGGUGGAAAUAUGCAGGUCCACGAGAUAAAGAAUAUUAAUCUUCAGAACCUACCACUCUCCACUUUCGAUAUGCUGGUAACCGCUACAGACAAUUUCGACUCAUCCAAUCUGCUAGGGCAGGGGGGUUUUGGUCCAGUGUAUAAGGGGAAAAUGCCAAAUGGACAGGAGAUCGCUGUCAAGAGACUAUCAAGAGCCUCCAGACAAGGCCUGCAAGAAUUCAUGAACGAAGUGGGGGUGAUCUCAAAACUCCAACACCGAAAUCUUGUCAGGCUACUUGGAUGCUGUAUCGAAGGAGAUGAGAAGAUACUGAUAUAUGAGUAUCUGCCGAACAAAAGUUUGGAUGCAAUUCUGUUUGAUCCCCUCAUAUGUCAUGAGCUCGAUUGGAGGAAGCGACAGAGUAUAAUCACUGAAAUCGCUCGAGGCAUACUUUACCUUCACAGAGACUCCAGACUGAGAAUCAUACAUAGGGAUUUGAAGGCCAGCAACAUCUUAUUGGAUGAAGAGCUUAAUCCGAAGAUAUCAGAUUUUGGAUUGGCGAGAAUAUUUGGAGGAAAUCAAGAUCAAGCUAAAACAAGAAAAGUAGUUGGAACAUUUGGAUAUAUGUCGCCUGAAUAUGCCAUCCAUGGUAGAUACUCAGAGAAAUCUGAUGUGUAUAGCUUCGGAGUCCUGUUACUAGAGAUUUUAAGCGGAAGACGCAGCACUAGUUUCCAUCCCGAUGAUCAGACCUUGAGUCUUCUAGGAUUCGCUUGGAAAUCGUGGACUGAGGAGAACACGGCAGCUUUUGUCAGCCCGGUGAUAUAUGCGCCAAGUGAUGAAAUAGCCAUAUUAAGGUUCCUUCAUGUGGGAUUGUUGUGUGUGCAAGAACAUAUGAGAGAUAGGCCAUCCAUGUCUACCGUCAUAUCGAUGCUCAAUAGCGAAAUUCUCGACCUUCCUAGUCCGAAGGCACCGGCAUUCACAAGCACUCAGGCUGAUGUUAAGACUCAACAGGACCAGAAGCAUUGUUCUGUUAACAAUCUAACCGUUACAAUUGUCAAACCUCGAUAAAAGCAGGAAAUCAGUGUGAAUUGUACACGCAACUCAGCAUGAAUCAUUGUUCUUCAGUUUUGCAUAUAUGUGCUUUACCCAAAGACUUGUCCAUCAAAGUUGAAAAUUCUUUGCAAACAGAUGG